AUGAAGCAAGUGGACGCAUUCAAUGAGGUAGGGCUUCCCUGUUACUAUGAUUUACAUCACAAGUACCUGGCCAAGCUGAGGCAGAUCCAGUCGUACCCGGGCAACGAGGACCUCAAGUACGGCAUCGGCCUGGAGAGCCACUUCGACAAGCCCAACAUCCCCUACAUGAGGGGCUCCCUGGACACGCUGGCGGCGGCCAAGGUGCCCAUCUGGCUCACUGAGGUGGACGUCACCAAGGGGCCCAAGCAGGUGGUGUUCCUGGAGGAGGUGAUGAGGGAGGGGUUCGGCCACCCGGGCGUCAAGGGCAUCGUCAUGUGGGUGGCCUGGCACGCCAAGGGCUGCUACGUCAUGUGCCUCACCGACAACAACUUCAAGAACCUGCCGCAGGGGGACGUCGUUGACAAGCUCCUGGACGAGUGGAGGAAAGUGCCCGAGAAGCCCAAGACGGACAGCAAGGGUGCGUUCGAGGCCGAGCUCUUCCACGGCGAGUACCUGGUCACCGUCAAGCACGAGUCGCUCAAGGAGCCCAUCGUGCAGACGGUGGACCUUGACUCCAAAUCGGAGGCCGCCAUAAAAGCCUAG